AUGCCUUAUUCGACCCCCUCGCCCAGCAAACUGACCAGCGCUAAUCCACCCUCUUAUGAUGAAAGUGAAAGAUUGGGCCGUGCCCCAACAAUAUCAAAGCAGCCCCACGGUUGCCAAUGCAAACUGACUAGCAAAGAGGCUUAUGGCAAGACGGUUCACACUUUGAGCGAUAAUGUCCCAGAGUGGGUGCUGUUCGAGGCAGUCCAGCCUCUCUUCGCGUCUAACCUGCCAUGGAAACUGCAACGAUCAAAUGGAACCCUGAGCGCUUUUGAUAUACAAACGCUCAAUUCUCGCAACACUCUUGAUUUCUUCAAAUAUGAAAUGAAAAGACUACCGGACAGUGCCCCUGGGAAGAAACUGUCCUGCGAGGUUUACGGGAACUGCCUUGAAACCCUUAUCGAUCUACUAGACCUUCUAGAGCAUCUCGUACAAGACCAUAUCCUUGCGGCGCCUUACAUAAAGGAAUUGAACUCUAUCGUGGUAGUAAAACCACAUGAUCCUUCGCCAUUAGCACCGCCGGAGUUAUGUGUCGAGAAUCUAAAACCGGACGCAUCUCAGUACACUUCGUGUGCCGAAACCGGAUCUUCGAAGUUUGACGAGCCACCCGCCAGCUCUAAUUCAUUAAAAAAUACGCAAAGCUUCACAAAAUUGCGAGCCUUAGCAAAAUUUGUGGACAUUGCGCUUGAGGAUGGUACUGAUCUUGAACAGGCAUGCUGUGCCUAUUUGCGGCUAGACCGAACUUCUGAGGAUUACGAGGAGGGUGUAGAUGUUUUAAGCUCAUUCAAUACGUGUUUCGAGUCACCAGACGUCUCUGGUAGUCCGAAACAGCUAGACUUUACCUAUGCUUUAGAGAUUCCCAAGACCCGCUGGGAUGACAUUGGGCCUUCGAAUUCUUCGGGGUUGCUUUUCGAUAUACUGCGCAAAAAGGUCGGCGGCUGCCAAGGUGGUCAAAAGCAAAAGCACCAAGUGAUGCUUCGCCUGAACGGUUUUCAGUUAGAAGAUAAUCCCAUGGCAUUCGAUGUAUUCUUCCAUCCAUGUCGACAGUCUGAUUUCUGGCAAGAAAGCCGCUUUACACCAACGGGAAAAAACACUCAUAACUUUGCACGGCGAGAAUUUAUCCAUAAUUUAUGCAACUAUGUUCACUGUUAUUCUGAAGAAUCCAAUCUCACCGUGCUAAAUAUCGCCUUUGAUAAAAAACAACUAUUUGCAACAACCUCGGAUAUCUUGGCCCACGCCGGCGCAUCACCGGAGAUGUCCCUUGAAGACCUCCUGGAAUCCAAAUUCCUUCGCAAGCCAACAGCUGGCGGUGUCUUUAAUCCUGGGGAUAAAGCUGUUCUAGCGCUAUCACUUUCCCGUUGCCUCCUACACUUCUUCCAAGGUCCCUGGAUGGAGCGACCCUGGAGCGCAGAAUCCGUCCAUUUCUUGGAAAAAAAAGUACAUAGCGAGAUAUUGGAUAUCCACCACCCAUACAUACGAUAUGCCAUGCCGAACGAGGGUACAGCAGUUACGGAACCAAAGUUCGCCAAAUUUCAAACAGUAAUGCUAUCUUUUGCUCGUUUACUUCUCGAAAUAGAAACUGGAGAGAGGAUCGUUAUAGAUUCAUUACUGGAGUCAAAGCCGGAAGACGUGAGAGAAUCCCUCUCCGAUAUAUUAGAUCGCCAAGACGAGCCGCGCGGGCCUUACUAUCUAGCAGUUGAAGGUUGUCUUAAGUUCAAGGCUUCACUGGCUUCUGUACAGAGACGGGACCCGAAGAUGGAGCUUGAUUAUCACAUCAGAAAAGUCAUCUACACAACCGUCGUUAAGCACCUGGAACAGAAUCUCUCUUACUUUCGGAACCACAAAAAACUUCUGGGCCGUCGUAACGUCCAGGUUGCAGACCGUUUGAUGAAAAGUGCGUCAGAGCCAGCGAUGAACUACAGCCCCUCGAUUCAGCAGAUAAAGGUCAACUCGGAGGCCCCGAAACAUCCCGACACCGCUCAGAAGUCAAAAUAUACGAUAGGAUGGGUCUGUGCAAUUGCAAUCGAGCUUGCUGCAGUCAAAGCUCUCCUUGACGAAGAGUACGAUCCCCUUCCGAUGCAUUACACGGAGACAAAUGUCUACGCCUUUGGUAGGAUGGGGAAGCAUAAUAUUGUCAUCGCAUGCCUCCCUGCAGGGAAGUAUGGAACGGUAUCAGCGGCGACAGUCGCAUCGGAAAUGAGGUGGCAUUUUCCUGAUAUAAGGUUUUAUUUGAUGGUCGGUGUUGGUGGCGGUGUACCCAGCGAGGCCAACGAUAUCCGUCUCGGUGAUGUCGUUGUGAGUUUGCCCACUGGUAUUUCUGGCGGUGUUAUCCAGUAUGAAUUCGGCAAGACUGUAUCGGAAGGGAAAUUUCAGUAUGCAGGGAGCUUGAAUGCGCCUCCUCCCUUGCUACUUAAUGCACUGACUCACAUCCGGGCUAUAAAUACGAAGCGAUUGGGGGCUAUACUCGAGGAUAUAAUUUUAUCUGCUGGAACAACGGACGAUAGAUUCAGUCGCCCAGCGCAGGAUCGCCUCUUUGUUGCGAAUUACGAUCAUCUCGGACAACAAGAAUCAUGUGAAAAGUGCGAUCCAAUCAUGCUAGUUGAUCGCAAAUUCAGGGAAAAUAAUUACCCAACCGCCUACCGCUCUCAAACCUAA